AUGAAUAUUUUGCAGACAGCACAGCGGGUGGCCAUUACAGGUGGUUCGAUUCAGUCUGUAAGGGCAGCUUCUUGUCCAGCACAGGUGGCGGUAAAAGAUAAUGCAACUGCACAAGUUCGACCCUAUAAAGAGAUUCCACGUCCCGGAAAAAUAGAGUUCAUUAGAUCUUUUAUGCCGGGCGGCGAGUUUCACGAUGCCUCCAUAGUGGUCUAUGCAUCAGCGAUGAGAAAUCGUUAUGGCGACAUCUUCAUAAUGCCCGGAAUGUUUGGACGCAAGGAUUGGGUUACCACAUUUAGUACCAAGGAUAUCGAGUUGGUAUUUCGCAAUGAAGGAAUCUGGCCGGAAAGAGAGAUGUUUGCUUCGUUUCAAUACUACCGCACUAAGGUGAGGCCUGAUGUUUAUGGAACACAUCCCGGUCUGGUGGCCUCGCAAGCGGAGGCUUGGGGUAAAACUCGAUCAGCUCUCAAUCCUAUUUUCAUGCAACCCAAGGGCUUGAAAGUCUAUUACGAACCACUUUCCAACAUCAACAAUGAAUUUAUUGAGCGAAUUAAGGAAAUACGAGAUGCCAAGACCCUGGAAGUCCCCGAUGACUUUAUUGACGAAAUGAGACGACUGAUUUUCGACUCACUGGCGUUGGUGGCCUUCGAUCGCCAAAUGGGGAUGAUCAGAAAGAAUCGCGACCAUCCUGAUGCUCUUGUUCUUUUCAAUAUGGUCCGAAGAGUGCUCAAAUAUGUCUUUGAUUUGGAUGUGAAACCAUCGAUGUGGCGGUAUAUUCAAACGCCGGCGUUUAAGAAAAUGAUCAGCGUUCUCGACGAGUCCUUGGUGGCUGCGCAGAAUUUGCUGAAGGAAUCCCAGGAGCUGCUGGAAAAGAGACGCCAGGCGGGAGAAGAGGUCAAUAGCAACAGUAUGUUGCAGCGAAUGAUGGAUGUGGAUCCAAAGUUGGCGGUUGUCAUGAGCCUGGACAUCCUGUUUGCCGGAGUCGAUGCUUCAUCUAACCUCUUGUCAGCUGUGCUCCUUUGCCUGGCCAAGAAUCCAGAGAAGCAGGGGAAGCUGCGGGAGGAACUGCUGAAGAUUAUGCCCACCAAGGACACGCUGCUCAAUGAGGAGACCAUGAAGGAUAUGCCUUACUUGAGGGCAGUGAUCAAGGAAGCCCUGCGCUACUAUCCCAAUGGAUUGGGCAACCUACGCAUUUGUCCCACAGACGUUACUCUUUCCGGUUACAAUGUGCCAAAGGGCACUAACUUGGUUAUGGCUUCGAAUCUCCUAAUGCGCGACAAGAACUAUUAUCCGGAAGCUGAGAAGUUCCUGCCAGAACGCUGGUUAAGAGAUCCCGAGACGGGAAAGAAGACCCCCAUCAAUCCCUUCACCUUCCUGCCAUUCGGCAUUGGACCUCGCAUGUGCAUAGGCAAACGAUUGGUGGACCUGGAAAUAGAGACGAGUGUGGCCAAGUUGAUAAGGAACUUCCAGGUGGAAUUCAACUACGAUGCCAGUUGUCCCUACAAGACUUCCUUCCUCAUGGAACCGGCCAUCCCGUUCCGCUUUAAGUUCACCGAUAUCGAGCAUUAA